UUAAGCCCCGCCCUGUGAGUCGACGCAAAGCCGACGAUGGGGCCUGGCAGUUUUGUGGCGCUGCGGCUCGGGGCGCUGAUGUGCUGCAGGGCCGUUUUCCCCCGCGCUUCGCCCGCGGCUGGUGCCGGGGGUCGGCUUCGGCUGCUGGCCGUGGGAACGCCUACGGCGAGGGCAACACUCAGCAGGGCCUCCCUGGCCUCGGACCGAGCGCGCGGCCUGCACGGCGGGCCAGGCCUGGAGGAGCAGGCGGAGGGGACAGCCGGCGAGGGACUCCCGGAGUCUGGCACCGCAGAUCACGCUGGUCCCAAGUUUGACAUCGAUAUGCUGGUUUCACUUCUGAGGCAAGAAAAUGCAAGAGACAUUUGUGUCAUCAAAGUUCCUCCAGAAAUGAAAUAUACAGAUUACUUUGUGAUUGGUAGUGGCACUUCCACUCGACACUUACAUGCCAUGGCCUACUACAUUGUGAAAAUGUACAAACACCUGAAAUGUAAAAGUGAGCCUCACGUAAAGAUUGAAGGGCAGGACACUGAUGACUGGCUCUGUGUGGACUUCGGCUGUGCAGAAUUACAGUACUUCUGGAUUGUCUACCAGGCGAAACCUGAUAGCCCCACCUCUGGUUGUGUAGGUUAUCCACAAGCAGUGUUACAUACUGACGUUAUAUAGCAUGUGUCUGAUGCACUGAGAGAAGCGCAGCAUCACUUCUGCAGUGUUUUUGCUAGAUGGUGUCCACAAUUUACAUUUCUAGUAAGUUCUCAGGUAAUGCUGAUCUGGGGUUCACACUUUGAGAACCACUGCUCUAACUGUCACAGAUUUGUGACAUCAGAAGGAUGAAAGUAAAUGAACUGCUUCUUCACUUAUGAUUUUUAUCUGUCCU